GCAGCGCCAGCCCUUGGGUCCCUAGCUACGUUGUUCGCCGCUUCCCUCUUCUCUCCCGGCUCCGGCCCUCCGCAUCGACACGGCCUCGGAGGCCGAUCCCUAGCCAAGCCAGAGCCGGAGCUGCAGCCGGAGCUGCACAGACGUGGAAGCAUGGAGGCCUGAUCCGGCGUGCGUCACUCCGGGCUGCGGCUGUGGCGGCGGUAGCGGCUUCUGAAUCUCCUUGGCCACCCGCUCGUAGGUCCGCGGAGCUGCAAGCCGAUCCCCCCGGCGGCUGACACAGGUGGGCUGGGCGCCGCCCCCGGCAGCGCGGCCCUGGAAGCCCCGCGGGACACCCCUGCCCCUUGUCGGAGUUGAUUAUUUUGAAGAAAUGAAGGUUUAAGGACAAGUUACCUAACCAGAUUAGAAGAUGGGAUCGAACAGCAGCAGGAUCAGUGAUCUUCCUAAAAAUGAGUAUUUAAAAAAGUUAUCAGGCACAGAAUCUAUCUCUGAGAAUGACCCGUUCUGGAAUCAGCUUCUGUCGUUUUCUUUCCCUGCACCAACUAGCAGUACGGAGUUGAAGCUCUUGGAGGAGGCAACCAUUUCAGUCUGCAGGUCUUUAGUUGAAAACAAUCCCCGAACAGGAAACCUCGGUGCCCUAAUUAAGGUCUUCCUUUCUAGAACCAAAGAACUAAAACUUUCAGCAGAAUGUCAGAACCACAUCUUCAUUUGGCAGACACACAAUGCUUUGUUUAUUAUUUGCUGCUUGCUGAAAGUGUUCAUCUAUGAAAUGUCAGAGGAGGAAUUGCAACUUCAUUUUACUUAUGAAGAAAAAUCUCCUGGCAGUUAUAGUUCUGACUCAGAAGAUCUCUUGGAAGAAUUGCUCUGCUCUCUGAUGCAGUUAAUCACUGAUAUUCCACUCUUAGAUAUUACAUAUGAAAUAUCAGUAGAAGCUAUAUCAACAAUGGUUGUUUUCCUUUCCUGCCAACUCUUCCACAAGGAAAUUUUGCGACAGAGCAUCAGUCAAAAGUAUUUGAUGCAGGGUCGAUGUCUUCCGUACACCAGCAAACUUGUGAAAACCUUAUUGUAUAACUUUAUCAGACAAGAAAAACCACCUCCUCCAGGAGCCCAUGUUUUCUCUCAGCAAACGGAUGGGGGCGGACUGCUCUAUGGACUUGCAUCAGGAGUAGCAACUGGACUCUGGACUGUCUUCACACUGGGCAGCGUGGGCAGCAAAGCGGCUGCCACUCCAGAGUUUUCGUCACCUCUGGCCAACCAGAGCCUGCUCCUCCUGCUGGUGCUGGCCAACCUGACCGAUGCUCCGGACGCGCCAAACCCCUACCGGCAGGCCAUCAUGUCCUUUAAGAACACACAAGAUAACAGUCCUUUCCCUUCGUCAAUUCCACAUACUUUCCAAAUUAACUUUAAUAGUUUGUACACAGCUUUAUGUGAGCAGCAGACGUCUGAUCAGGCAACUCUCCUCUUGUAUACAUUACUCCACCAGAACAGCAAUAUUAGAACAUACAUGUUGGCUCGCACAGAUAUGGAAAAUCUUGUUUUGCCGAUUCUUGAGAUUCUUUAUCAUGUUGAAGAAAGAAAUGCACACCAUGUGUACAUGGCUCUUAUAGUAUUGUUGAUCCUCACAGAAGAUGAUGGCUUCAAUAGAUCCAUUCAUGAAGUGAUAUUAAAAAAUAUUACUUGGUAUUCAGAACGGGUUUUAACCGAGAUUUCCCUGGGGAGUCUCCUCAUCCUGGUCGUAAUAAGAACCAUUCAGUACAACAUGACAAGGACACGAGACAAAUACCUUCACACAAAUUGUUUGGCAGCUUUAGCAAAUAUGUCGUCACAAUUCCGUUCCCUCCAUCAGUAUGCUGCCCAGAGGAUCAUCAGUUAUACCUGCCGCCACUUGCGGAGAUAUGUUUAUGUGUUGGACAAACUGUAUUUCCCCCACUCUCACUGCUCUACGCUUCAGCAUUGCUUCUCGACCCUCAGUGACAAUGGAGAGGAACUCUUGUCUUUAACUUGCUCUCACAUUCUCAGAUCCUAUGCUUCCAGUUUGUUUUCUUUGCUGUCUAAAAAACACAACAAAGUUCUGGAACAAGCCACACAGUCCUUGAGGGGUUCGCUGAGUUCCAAUGAUGUUCCUCUUCCAGAUUAUGCGCAAGACCUAAAUGUCAUCGAAGAAGUGAUUCGAAUGAUGUUAGAGAUCAUCAAUUCCUGCCUGACAAAUUCUCUUCACCACAAUCCAAACUUGGUGUAUGCACUGCUUUACAAACGAGAUCUCUUUGAACAAUUUCGAACUCAUCCUUCAUUUCAGGAUAUAAUGCAAAAUAUUGAUCUGGUGAUCACCUUCUUUAGCUCAAGAUUGCUACAAGCUGGAGCUGAGCUGUCAGUGGAACGGGUCCUGGAAAUUAUCAAGCAAGGGGUUGUUGCACUGCCCAAAGAUAGACUAAAGAAAUUUCCAGAAUUGAAAUUCAAGUACGUGGAAGAGGAGCAGCCCGAGGAGUUUUUUAUCCCCUAUGUGUGGUCUCUUGUCUACAACUCAGCAGUGGGCCUGUACUGGAACCCACAGGACAUCCAACUGUUCACAAUGGAUUCCAACUAAGGGAAGGACACCCCUACCAACCCCCUCCAGCUGAGCAGUCCUUCUAGUUACUUUAUUUCUGGGAGAGGAGAAGCAGACAGACAGAUUGCCUGGGGUAUCUUCUAAAGAGGAUUACGCAAGUAUGUUUCUAUUGCACACUUUGAUUUGGACAUUGGUGCCUGUUGGCAAUAGAUCACUCAGCUUAAAUUGUAGUGCAAAGGGGGUAGAGGGGUGCACAACAAUAAUAAACAUAAAAACUUGCUACUUAA